GCUCGGUUGGGUUGGACCAGGUGAACGCACCCAAACCCCUCUCUCUCCGGUCGGUUCGCGUCCUCUGCUUCCUUCGACGCCACCUCCGCAGCCGUCGUCGCCGUCGAGGUUGAAUCCGCCGCAGGCGUCGUCGCCCAUGAUCCAGACGAUGAAAUCGUGAUCGGAUUGAAGCCAUGGAUCCCGGUCAUGAAGGGGAUCCUAUUGAUUUUGUUUUCGUCAGAUAUCACUAUUUUGGGCACUUUGUCAAGAGAGAAGGAGGUUUGGAGUACACUAGUGAUUUGGAAGCUGUGGUUUCCAUUGAGAGGGAUAAUUUGACAUAUGAGUAUAUUCUGGAUAUAGCUAAAGAUCUGUAUGAUGUUGAAGAAGAAUAUGCAGGGAAGGACAGACUAAUGAAGAUGCACUGGCUCUGUCCAGGAAAAUCACUAGCUGAUGGACUAUGCUUUCUAGGUGAUGAUGAUUCAGUGAAAAAGAUGGACAGUAACACCCAGGAGGGUGAGAUGGCUCAUAUUUAUGUAGAUCAAGUUGAAGCAAAGCUAAAUGUAAAUGACAGUAUCAAGCAGGACAAGAAAGGGAAGAAAUCUUGCAGUGUGAUAGAUGGAAUGGUGGAGAUUAAUAUAUCUGAAAAUUAUUCCACAGUGAAGGGAAGUAAACUGCCACUAAUUAAUGUUGAAGUUGUUGAUACAAGCUAUGUUCAGACACUUUUGAGCUGUACAGGAAGGUCAACUAUUGCUAAUGCAGGGGAAAAUGGAGCAUCAACACAAGAUUGUGGCGAACAUGCAGCGGCAGGUCAAGAUUGUUGGGAAAAUGUAGGAAGUAGUGCAGCAAGGUCAGAUCAUGUUAAUGCAACAAGGUCAACAAGUAGUGCAUUAAAGUCAGAUCAUGUUAGUGCAGAAAGUUCAAAGAAUGCAACAAGGUCACCCACUGGUACACCAAGAGCAAGUUCACCUCCUGUUGGUGCAACUGUUGAAGCACCGUUGCUAACACCAGUUAAAGCUGACAAGAAGAGAGAUAAAAGGGAAGAAGAUGAGAGCUCAGAAGAUUCAGACUGUUAUCUCCCCCUUACUGAAUGUAGUUCAGGUGAGGAUUCCGAAGCAGAUGAGUUGAGGAAGAUGGCAAGAGCUCUCAGGCAGCAGAGGAGAGCCAAGAAAAGAGGAGAUGUAGUAGGUCCAAUUGUGCAAGAUAAUAAAGUAGUAGAGGAUGGUGAAGAAGGCCUUGAAGAAGGAAAUGAAACACCGUAUUAUGACUCAGAUGAUGACUGGUCAUACGACGAGGAAAGUGAUGGUGAAGGAGGUACAACUAUGGUUAGGAGAAAAAGUCAGUGGCCUAGAUACGACAGUACGGCUGAAAAGCCUAAGUUUCUGCUGGGAAUGGUAUUCAGAGGCAAGGAGCAAAUAAAGAAGGCCAUAAUAAACUAUGCAAUUAAAGAGCGUGUCCAUUUGGCAUUUACAAAGGACGAGCAAGCAAAGGUUAGAGCUCAUUGCACAUGGCCAGGUUGCCCAUGGAUGAUCUAUGCAUCAAGAACAACAAAGAACAAGUGGCUUCAAGUGUCGACUCUUGUCGAUGAUCACCAGUGUGUACCUAGGAGAGACAACAAGCUAGUGACUGCUGAAGUUAUUGCUAAGAAAUAUGGGAAGUUGAUAGAAGCAAACUCCACAUGGAAACUUGAGAAUAUUAAACAAACUGUCUUAGAGGACUUGGGUGUUGAUGUUCACAUAGCCAAGUGCAAAAGAGCAAAGAAGCUUGUGCUAGAAAGGAUGUUGAACUCCACACAUGGGGAGUACUGCAGAGUGUUUGACUACCAACAAGAGCUUCUGAGAAGCAAUCCAGGUAGUACAGUUGCUAUAACACUUGAUCCAGAGAUGAGAGAUGACCAACAUGUUUUCCAGAGAUUUUAUAUGUGUUUUGCUGCUUGCAAGAAAGGUUUCCUAGCUGGUUGUAGAAGGGUAAUAGGCCUGGAUGGAUGUUUCAUCAAGGGUGCUACAUAUGUGCAGUUGUUAUGUGCUUUGGGCAGAGAUGCAAAUAACCAGAUUUAUCCGAUAGCAUGGGCUUUAGUUGAGAAGGAAACAUAUGAAUCUUGGUUUUGGUUUCUUGCAUUGUUGAACAAGGAUUUGAAAAUACCAAACCAAGGAGAAGGUUGGGUAGUAAUAUCUGACCAGCAAAAAGGUCUUAUUGGUGCUAUUGAGGAUAUAAUUCCCAAAGUUGAACACAGGAUGUGUGCAAGGCAUAUAUAUGCAAACUGGAAAAAGAAACAUCCUGACCAUGACCUACAAAAGAGGUUCUGGAGGUGUGCAAAAGCUCCCAACCAAAUCUUGUUCAACUACAAUAGAGCUAGGUUGGCUCAGAUAACACCAGAAGGAGCAAGAGAUAUGAUGAACACAAGUCCAGAGCAUUGGAGUAGAGCACACUUGAAGAUUGGCUCUAAUUGUGAUUCAGUCGACAACAUGUGUGAGUCUUUCAACAAUCUCGUACUUGAGGCAAGAUUCUUGGCUGUCAUUUCAAUGUUUGAGUGGAUAAGAAGGAAGAUGAUGGUAAGGAUACAAGAAAAUAUUUGCAAGAGCUUGACUUGGAAUGGAACAAUUUGUCCUAACAUUUUCAAAAAGCUCAAGCAAAAACAUGAUUAGGUCUGCCAAUUGUCAUGUGUUAUGGAAUGGGAAGGAUGGAUUUGAGGUGAUUGAGCAUGGCAAGUUCAGGUACACUGUUAAUUUGCAACAGGGGAUUUGUGCAUGCAGAUAUUGGCAACUAUCUGGCCUCCCCUGUUGCCAUGCCAUAUGUGCUAUAUACAAAAGUUCUCAGCAACUAGAUGAUUUCAUAGCAAAAUGCUACUCCAUUGAAAUGUACAGGAAGACAUAUGCUUAUUGCUUGGAGCCACUUUUGGGACAAGAGAGUUGGCCAGAAGCAGAUCAUGUGAGGCCAGCAGCACCAGGAUUUAUUAACAUGCCAGGAAGGAAAAAGAAAAAGAAGUGACGAGAGGCCCAUUCAAGGUGCUGGUGUAGCCAAGCCUGCUGAUGUGCUGCACGCUGUCCCCAAGUGCAUGCCUGGCGGCCCCUUCACUAUCCGCCGUUCCGCAGAUAGCGAGUCCUCAUGUUCGUAGGUAUUAUGCUAAUAUUAGUAGCUUUACCGUAUUUAAAGGCAUAGAAAAUAGCUGGAUUCAGAUAUUAGUAGCUCUACCGUAUUUGAUAGUAUAGAAAAUCAAGCGUACGAGCUUUGCCUUAGUUUGUCUGGGCAC